ACGCGAGCUAGGCGUGCAUCAGGGAGCUGAGAAAGCAAACCGGAAAAUGGCCGUUCAUUCAGUCACCACACCAAGCUACUGAAUAAGACUAACCACUACACUCUGACCAGAAGAGGCUGAUGUUGUGAAAAUACACUGAUCUUUUUCUUUUUUAUCUAAGCAUAAGAGCACAAAUGGCGCAGACGGCACGUAUCAUCAGCCUCCGACACAGAAUCAGCUGAUGGCGCGACAUCCAACCAGAACCUGUUCUCAUCCAUGUUGUUGUAAUGACACUGUAAACUGGUCUGAAGAGAAUGGAGAUCCCUGCUUCUGACCCUGGUUAUGGAUACCAGCAGCAGACAUGGGAGGGCUGGAACGGUUGGGGUGGAAUCACGUCUCCAGCUUGCUCUCCUACUGCACUUUCUCCUCCAUCUGGUUAUCACCUACACCCAAACUGUGCACCUCAGAACGGACCAGCUGUUAUGGGUCCUACAGCAAUGCUGGGCAAUGCAGUGAACUCGGACUAUUCGCAGCCGGUGAUGGAGUACUGGUCCCCCCUACAACCAAACUGUAAUGGUGUGUAUAAACCUGUCCCUGAUGCCAGAAGCCCAGCACAGACGUCACUACAGGGAAUCAACUCACAACCGACUAGUCCUAUAUCCAGUCCUAAAUCAGAGUCCCGCUAUGGUUUAGACCCUCAGCUACUACCCAGUGCCGUGCAGGUAAUGAGCGAGGACAGGGCUCAGUGGGAGGGGAAAAUAUUUGCAUCUGAGCCCCAGUCCUCUGUUCCCCCUCUCUCCAGCACUUCCUGCACACUGGAGGACAGAGGUAACGCAACUGCUCGAUUUAUUCGCUGCACGUCCUACAGCUUUCCCAUCGAGGCCCAGUCCGCACAGCAGAGCCACCUGCCACUGGGGGCAAUUCUCUGCCCCCUGGCCAGACCUGAGAAUGAAGAGAGACCAGUGCCAGUGUGUAACACAGGGGAAUGUGUUAAGGGCUGUGGUGUGUGUGGUGCCUUCAUGAGUCCUGCUAUGAGCUGGCAGGACUGUGGGCAACGCUUCUACUGUCCUUUCUGCGGCAAACUCACAGAAGUACCAUGGCAGUCAUAUCAACCUACAAACAAGGGGCUACGAGUCGACCGGGAGAAGAGGCCAGAGCUCAGUCUGGGUUCAUAUGAGAUCCUGGAAACGCCAAAAGUAAAAGGCGAACCUGCUGUGUUACUCCUGGCAAUUGAUGUCACUGCCGUUGCAAUAAGGUCAGGACAACUGGACUUCAUCUGUCAGCAGCUUUCUUCCCUACUACAGUCUUUAGAUGGGGGUGAAUCAAAUCCACGAGUUGGAUUGAUUACUUAUGACCGCAGGAUCCAUCUCUAUGAUCUCAGUCCGACGUUGUCCCGCCCUCACAUGAUGGUCCUGACAGACACAGACGAGCUGGAACUUCCUGUAUGGGAGGGGCUUCUGGUACCACUCAAAGACUGCAGACACACUGUACAGAGCAUUCUGCAAAAUAUCCCGCUGUUUGAUGCUGAAAUGCAGGACAAUUCCAGCUUGCAAGAUCUUCCUGUUCAGGCUGGACUCAAGAUCCUACAGGCUGCAGAUUGUCCUGGGAAGCUGUUGGUCUUCCACUCUUCACCCCUUACUGAGAGCUCAGAGAAGCAAAGCUCCCUGGGAUUUUUUUCCUCCAGCAAACCAAAGUCAAUCUUCCAGGCGCCAGAGUCGUCUGCAUCGCUGGCUAAGGCGUGUGUCAGUCAAGGAUGCAGCGUCCAGCUUUUUGUGUUUUCACAGCCGGAUGUGGGUGGAGCAUGGCCUGGGCAUGUUCCCUUUCUUACAGGUGGAAGGCUUAUCUGCUACAACAGCCUACAGUCUGAGAUGGAGAGAGAGCGUUUCCGUGGAGAUCUGUGGAGGAGCGUGGACACCGACAUGGCCUACAGAGCUCGGCUUCGAGUUUUUGUCAGCAAAGAAUUACGGGUGGCUGGUUGCUACGGCGCCUUCCUUGCAGGCCCCGAAUCCCACUGUGUUGUCAUGGCAGCGCUUGAUUGGCACACGGCCCUGGCGUUUGAGUUCACUCACUGCAAAUCACUUGAGCAAACCAGAGGCGUGGCCAUACAGGCCGUCCUGUCCUACACUGGAUCCAGCGGAGAGAGGAGGACACGGGUACACACUGUCACUCUGGCCUGCUCUCAGAGUCUGAUGGACACGUUCAGGACCAGCCAGGCUGAAACGCUGCUCACUUUCUACUGCAAAAAGAUGUAUUGCUUGGCGCUGGAAACACCUCUGCAGUGUCUUCGUGAGGAGCUGCAGACUGAGAUCACUGAAGCUUUAGCUUGCUACAGGAAACACUGCUGCACUACUUCUGUCUCUCCUGGACAGCUGGUGAUGCCUCAGUUUCUGAAGACUCUCCCGGUCUACAUUAACAGUCUGAGGAAGAGUGAGGUUCUUCUCCCGGGUCUGCGCAGUUCUGUCCAUCAGCGCCUGCAGCUGCGCAGCAUCACCGUCUCCAUGGAUACGCUCAGCACCGUCGCUCAGCUGUACCCACUCGUCCUGCCUCUGCUGGUGAACCCUGAAGGAGACUCUGUGCCCUCCAUGGACAUGGCGUUACGCUGCUCUGCCUCCAGCUUGCAGUCCGAUCGUCUCUAUUUGCUUUAUUCCCCGCUGACGCUGAUCCUCUGGGUGGGCAGCCAGGUUUCCCCUCAGGCCUUAACACAACUCUUCAACACAGCUUCCUUCUUAUCACUGACAUCCGGCGAGAUUAAACCUCCAGUGCUGGAGACUCCUCUUUCUGUCAGUCUUCAGAAACUCAUCAGCACCUUACACUCCUAUGCAGCUGUGACUCUUAAGCUGAAGGUGGUGAAGGAAGGCGACAGUUGCGACGAGUGCGUGCAGCGACUCCUGGUCGAGGACAGGAGCCCUAACGGAGGCGCGUCCUACGCCGACUUCCUGUUCCACCUCCACGUCAAUUCUCUGCGCCGCGUCGUGGGAUGAUGGCCUCGUCAUUUUUUAACGUUUCUUGAUUGACAUCUUGUAUCUUUAAUCAGGGACAGAGUGUCUUAUAUGAUUAGUUUUCUUAUUUACGUACAUGACAGAGCAACACGGCUAGCCGAAAAAGCCGAGCUUGGAGACGAGCCCAAUUUUACAUUUAAUCCUUAGGGUUUUUUUUUUUUUUUUUCCACUUGUGCAAAUCACAACUAGCAUGUGAACAUUUUAAGCAAUAAGAUAUUAAAAAGUUCUUUACAUUUUAUGCGCAUUACAUCACAGAUACAGGUUUUAUUUACCCGUAGUGUACGCUUAACAUUUCUGUGCGCGUGUGUGGGAGUGUGUUUUGAUUGUGUAUUUAUUUCACAUUUAUCUUUGUUGAUUUGGAUGCAGAGGAAUUUAUCGCAGAAAUGCUCAAAUAAACCGACACGUGUAUGACGAGAA